AUGCGCUCGUUACCUAUCCAUCUCCUUCUGGUGCUCAUCGUUUCGGUUGGCCUUGUCAAUGCCUGCUUCCUGAACUCGUGCCCGUACAGAAGAUAUGGGCGAACCAUCCGGUGCUCUAGUUGCGGCGUUGAGAAUGAGGGUGUCUGCGUUGCCGAGGAGAAGUGUUGUACCAACGAAGAAUGCUUCAUGACCACCGAAUGCGCCUACAACUCCGUCUGUCCAGAGCUCUUCUGCAAGAUUGGAAUCCACCCAGGAUACUGCAUGAAGAAGGGAUACUGCUGCACUCAAGGAGGAUGUCAAACAAGUGCGAUGUGCUGA